CGUCGCAAAGAAGCGUGAGGGAUUCGCCGGAACCCGGGAGCAUCUUCUUCCUUUUUUCCGACGAUCGAGAUGCCUUUUCCGGUUAGAGACAGACUCUUGAUCGGCGAUAUCAACGACGCGGCGGAUGUCCUCCUCGGCCGUGGUCCGCGGGAGAUCACUCACCUCCUCUCUCUCCUCAGCUCGGUGUCCGUCUCAUUCUUUUCCGAGUGGCGGCCUAGGCUCGAGAUUCCGGCGAAGGAAGUCCGGAAAGUCUUUGCCGCUGGAGAAGAGCGGCCGGAGGCGGGCGAGGGGUUGAAGCAGGGAGAGGAAGGUAGGAUUUUGGGCGUGGUGCAAAUGGCGGGAGAGGGACUAAGGUUCGUGAGGAUGGCGGUCCCCUUGAGGGAUAUGGAGAGCGAGAAUUUGCUGGACUAUCUGGAUGUGUGCUUGGACUUCAUCGAGAAAAGCCGCGCCGAGGGCACGAUUCUGGUGCAUUGCUUUGCUGGCGUAUCGCGGAGUGCAGCUGUCAUGACAGCAUAUCUGAUGAGAAGUGAACAGCUAUCCCAAGAAGAUGCUUUGGAAUCGCUGCAUCAAAGCUGUGAAUUGGUUUGCCCCAAUGAUGGUUUCCUUGAGCAGUUAAAGAUGUUUGAGAAUAUGGGGUUUAAGGUGGAUCGAACAAGCCCUAUCUACAAGCGCUUUCGCUUAAAAUUACUGGGUGAGGCAUACAGUAGAGGUGAGAAGAUAGAUGGCUCAGGAUUUGGUACUGAUCCAGGUUUGCCUGAUCAAGUCAGUUCUCGGGCUGAUACAUUGACCGACAAGCCAAAGACAGCCUUCCGUUGCAAAUCAUGUAGGAGAGUUGUUGCAACACAGGACAAUGUGAUCAGCCAUACACCAGGUGAAGGGGAAGCAUGCUUCAGUUGGGCAAAGCGUAGAAGUGGACACCCAUUUAUUCGGGCUGACGAGAUUGAGUGCUCAUCUAUAUUUAUUGAACCUCUUAAAUGGAUGAAAGCAGUUGAGGAUGGUGCAAUGGAGGGAAAGCUGUCCUGCAUCCAUUGCCAAUCUCGUUUGGGUUACUUUAACUGGUCAGGCAUCCAAUGCAGUUGUGGUAGCUGGAUCACCCCUGCUUUUCAGCUUCACAAGAGUCGAAUUGAUGUCUGCAGCCUAUAACUGGUUGUGCGGUAACUCCUGGAAAAGUGAUGAUCAAAAUAUAUGAGUUCAGAGAGGAGGUUUCAUAUACCUGUACAUGCUUUCGUUGUGAAAACUCGGGGCUUUAAGCGUUCCAGAAAGCUCGCUCUAUGAUGACACCAUGGGGCUGUAGCUGGAGUCUCUGAAAGUGGACUUGUAUCCAAAUAUACUUUCCCUUUUCUGCUUAUAGUUCUUUGAGAAUUUUCGUUUUGCUUUCCUGUUUACAUUAUGAAACAAGAAGGGCUUAUGUGAGCGUAGCCUCUUUAUGUAUGUCAGGAAGGAGGUUUGUUCCGGUACUGGCCUUUUCAUAUGUAUAUUGCUGAAUUAUGAGUAAAAAUUAUUUUGGCUCGUCAAACUGUAAAAAA